AUGGGUGCCAUUAUUAGCGAUUUGCGCUACGAAAACGGGAUCGAAGGAGUAACACAAGUUGUCACUUUUAAAAUAACCGUCGAAAACAAUGGAGUCUCGCAAAACUCCUGGACUAUUCCAGCCUCAGCGGGUUUCAAAGGCUUCGACGCAGCAUUUGACCUUGUUUACAGAAAAAAUGACUUUGAGCUGAUCAUCAAAAAGAAGGAAAGCAAAAUGGAGUUUCUUCUCGACACGCAGACAACUGACAAUCAAAUCGAAGUUACUCUUGGUUUCAUAACCUGCAAGCCAGUUCUGAUAUCGCCUGGGUUUAUUCCAGGAGUGUGGUUCACAGAAGAACUGAAAAAUCGAAUCAAAAAGGGGCGAAUCUUCAUGGAACAAACAUACCAGCCAUUAGAAGUCAAAAAUCAACUGAAUAUUCAUAAAUUCGACGCGAUGUUGAAAAUAAUGCUCGUCGACGAGAGUUGCUUGAAAAUCUUCAUCAACGGAAGUCAUACAAUUUUCCAGCUCAAGACGAAAAUCGAACGCCAACUUGUCCACAAAGGGCAUCAAAAGAUAGAGGCAAGAAACCAACGACUAAUCUUCAGAGGACAAGUUCUUUUCGACGACACAAGGGAGCUGCGGACUAUUGCUGGACUCAAAUACGGGCAGAUUCUUCAUCUUGUUCAAAGAUUCGAGGGAGCAGAACAAAACCAGCAAGAAGCAGCUGACAAUUUGCAAACGAGGGCGUUAUUUGGUGCUUUAUCCUCGGGUUCUCAAAUAUUUGUCCAUCAUUGCUAUAUCGAAAUGGAAACCCGAGAGUUAGAUGGAAAGAUCAGAGAUACAGAGAUCUUCCUCAGAAAUAUGACCGAAUCAAUUCAAACCGCACAGCGAGAAAGUGAUCCAAGAGCAAGAAAUUACUACAACUCUCCUGAAUUCGAGCCUGAUGUUGGAGACUAUAAUAUCGGAAAACUUUUUGAUACUCUGGGGACGAAUAUGAUCUUGUGGUCAUCUCAGCUCCAUAAAUUCGGAACUUUGCUUGAAGAAGAUGAAAAAUUUCCACGAGAAAAUGAGCGAGCUAUCAACAGACAAAAAUUCAUCAUUCAGAAUAAUGUCAAUACUGCCAGAUAUGCUGCGCCGCUUUUGAAACAUGUCACAGAAUUCGUGAUCCCUUCUGCUGAGAGUACCCGUGGCUACGAAAUCCGAAACAACUCAAGAAGUCAACAAGAUUGA